AUGGUUUACAACCAAGCUCCAGAAGUGUUUACUACGCUCACAGAUCGAAUGGUCUAUUCUGACCGAGGCGAGCUCAACAAACACCACCCACCAAACCAAGAGUAUCUUCGUAUCGUUCGUUCAAACAGGGUUGCGUACAGGGCAAUUCCAGACGAGAACAGGAGCGCCAAGAAAGCAUUUGCGGAGGAAUUAAUUGACUUGUUGGAGAACCAAAGAGGAUUCAUCUUUGUCAAGCCGGUCAACGGCAAGUAUGUCGAACUCGCCCACAAAAAGAAGCUAGAGAAGGUGAUGCAUGUUCUGCGAGAGCUUCGUGAUCCGUUCCAGCCAGAGGUCGUGAAUGGAAAUCAAGCAGGUUUGCAAGCUCUUGCCGAUGUCCAAGAAGACGAACCCGAUCUAGAUGAAGCAAACGCCGUUGUCCCCCCUCAAGUGCAAGACACAGAGGUCGCCAACAACGACAUGGACAGUGUCCACGAUGUCAAAAUUUGGAAUCCUUCUGAUGAUGAUUGGGAGCGCGAUGGAAACCAAGCAGGUUUUCAAGCUCUUGCCGAUGUCCAAGAAGAGGAACCCGAUCUAGAUGAAGCAAACGCCGCUGUCCCGCCUCAAGUUCAAGACAUCGACAUGAAUCCUUUUGAUGACGUUGCCAAUGUGGAACUCGGGAAUCCUUUUCCUGAUUGGCAAUUCUCAGCAGUUCACCUUCGUGGAAUCGAACAGCUUCCACAACAACCAGGGUUUGAAGCUGCUGGCCAUCAAAAUGAAAUAGUCGUCACCGACAACCAAAUCGUCGAGGCUAUGGAAUUGCUGUUGCAACCUGUU